AUGGUGACGGACCUGCCCAUCGACUUCAAGAACAGGUGUAACGUCGGAUAUGGCUUCAUCAACUUCCGGACCAGCGACGCCUGUGAGGAGUUCGUUUCCAAGUUCAACGGCGUCGACGUGCGCAAGUGCCUCCCGGGGCUGAACUCCCGGAAGGUCGCCGAGGUGACCCCCGCCCGCGUGCAGGGCCUGGACGAGAACGUGCGGCGCCUCCGGAACGGGCCCGUGAUGAACGAGCUGGCGCAGCACCCGGAGCUCGCAGCCCAUCAAGGACGGCGAGGAGCGGAAGUUCCCCAUGCCCGACCAGCCCUGCCCGCCGAUGAAGCCCCGGAGGCGCACCGGCCGCGAGGAGCACGGCGGCGGCCGCGCGUGGUGAUGGCUCCAGGUGCCGUGUGGCCCACGCCGCCCCCGCCGGGGGCAUCCCCGGGGCCGGGACGAGGCCGCCGAGGGCGCCGCGCGCGCAGCCCGCCGCGGAGGCGUCCCCGGCGCGGAGAGCGAGGCCCCCCGCCGGGAUCGGCGGAGCGUGAGGGGGUCCUCAGACAUGAUCGCGUCGUGGAUUGCCCACGGCGGAGGACGUUUGGCCGCUUUCGGCUCCAGGAGGAGGAGGAG